AUUACAAAAGCGGUCGGACGAAUACAGUGAGCCGCAAACGCCAGCGGGAGCAGUUCGUCGCACCCGCGAUCACAAGUGUAAAAUCGAAAUAGAAACAAAAACCGAAGCGAAAGAGCGGAAAACGGGUCGGACAACAUAACAAAACAAAACCCAAUUAAAAUCAGAUAUUAAUAGAAUAACCGAAGUACACAACAAUAAAAAGAGGGAGCCUUUCAACCUAAAUUCCAGCUGUAUUUUAAGCAAGAAAAAUGAAUGACAUGGAGGAGAUUCCUAAGAAGGUGCCACGCUUGGGGUUGCGACACCUGCAGGCAGGUCUGCUCUUCUAUGGACUCGCGGCGAACACAGUCCUACAGCUAAACGUAAGCGUGGCAGUGGUGGCGAUGACCAACGAAACUACAUCAAAUAAUAGCGACCCGCCCCACUACAACUGGUCGGAGGAGAAGAAGUCGUACAUCCUGUCGAGCUACUACUGGGGCUGCGCUCUGGCCCAAUUCCCAGCUGGUUAUCUGUGCAAGCGCUUUGGCUCAAAGGCGGUUCUCUUCUGGGGCACGCUGGGAUCAUCCCUGCUUAGCGCUCUCACGACCUACGGGGUCUAUGCAGCCGGCUGGAAGGCGUACUGUGCGAUUCGUCUGCUGCAGGGUCUUUGCCAGGUGACAUGGCCCUGCAUUCACCAGCACUUGGCUAACUGGUGUCCCACGGCGGAGCGAACGCGUCUGGGAGCGUUUGCAUACACUGGAUUUGAUUGCGGCAAUGUAUUAGCCAUGUAUGGAGCGGGUAUGAUAGCCAGUUCAUCGCUGGGGUGGCCUGGGAUCAGCUACUCGGCAGCCGGCUUGGGCCUGAUUUGGUGUGGCCUUUGGCUGCUUCUGGGAGCCAAUAAGGCAAGUGACGCCCGGUUCAUAGGGGAGGCGGAGAAGGCCUAUAUUGUGGGAGAUAUUCAGCGAUCCGAAAGGAAGGAGCCUAAAAAAAUGGAGAUUCCCUGGAAAGGCAUUUUUACCUCUGUUCCAGUCUACGCCCUUCUCUGCGCCCGUUGUGCUGACAGCUGGGGAUUGACCACCAUGCAAACCGAGUUACCUACAUACUUGAGCGGCGUCUUGAAACUCGAUAUGAAAAGCAACGCGGUUUUUUCGGCUCUUCCCUUUCUGCUCAUGUGGGUAAUGUGCUAUGUGUACUUGAUUAUUGCAGAUGUACUGCUGCGUAAGAAGUGGAUGAGCUUGACCACGUUGAGAAAGACCUACACGAGCAUAGCUCUUUGGGCGCCGGCUUCCAUAAUGCUUACCCUCGUUUUUGUGGGGGAAGGGCAAAAGACCUUGGUCCUUGUUUUGGUAACCCUCAGUGUGGGUGUUAGCAGCGCAGCCACGAUUGGGAGCGAGCUGAAUACGAUUGAUUUAUCACCAAACCACGCCGGGAUCCUGGCCGGCCUCAUGAGCAGCUUCACCAAUUUGAUGGCCCUGCUGACGCCCCUUGUGGUGGGCGUUUUAGUAACGGACCCCAGUCAGCGGAGCCAAUGGCAGGUUGUUUUUAGCCUGGCUGCCGGAGUUCUGUUUGCCGGUAAUGUGAUUUUUUUGAUCUGGGGGACUGCCGUGACACAAGCAUGGAACGAGUCCAAGGAAUCGCGGCGGGAACUAGAGCCGGAGGAGAAGCCCUUUCACCGCGCUAAACUCGAGAUAGGAACUGAUAAUACCGAUGGCAACGUAGUAGGCUUAAAACUAAACUGUACAAGCCCUUAAAAAAUAUAUUCAGAAAAAUGUCA